AUGUCGACAACCACGACCACAUCGGGCCUCACGCGGCGGCGAGGCGGCGCCGGUAACGGAGCAGCGGGCGGACCGUCGGGAAAUGCAAACGGCAGCACGGACGGGGCGGAGAGCCUCAAGGACGCGACGCCGGAGACGAGCUACGAGCAGGGCGACAACGGGCACAAGAUUGCCUAUGAUCCGCGCGACCUGAGCGAGAGCGUGGAGCGCAGCAAGCAGCCGAAGCUGACGCUGAUGGAAGAGGUUCUGCUGCUGGGAUUGAAGGACAAGCAGGGCUACCUCUCGUUCUGGAACGACAACAUCUCGUAUGCGCUGCGCGGCUGCAUCGUGCUGGAGCUGGCGCUGCGCGGCCGCGUCAGCAUGCAGAAGGACCCGUCGCGACGGCGGUUUCCGCUGGCCGACCGGCUGAUCGAGGUGGUGGACGAGACGCUGACGGGCGAGGUAUUGCUGGACGAGGCGCUCAAGAUGAUGAAGGCGAGCGAGAAGAUGAGCGUGAGCGCGUGGAUCGACCUGAUGAGCGGCGAGACGUGGAACCUGAUGAAGAUCGGCUACCAGCUGAAGCAGGUGCGCGAGCGUCUGGCCAAGGGACUCGUCGACAAGGGCAUCCUGCGGACGGAGAAGCGCAACUUUCUGCUGUUCGACAUGGCCACCCAUCCGGUGGCCGAUGGCGGUGCCAAGGAGGAGAUCCGCCGUCGUGUGCGCAACGUGCUGACGCAGCGCACCGUCGUCCUGCCGCCGUCGCAGUUUCUGCCCGAGAACCUGGAGCUGCGCUACCUGCGCACCAUCAGCAUGGUCUGCGCGGCCUAUGCGGCCAACGUGCUGGAGAACGCGCUGAGCACGCUGGGACACGAGGCGCGCGAGCGUGCCUUUGCCCAGACCGACGAGCUGCUGGCCGAGUACAGCCAGUGGCCGUUUGGCCGGAAGCCGACGGCCAGCGGCAUUGGCGCGAACCUGCCGCAGGUGAUUACAGAGGAAAUUGCAAAGGCCAAGGACAAGGAGCUGCAGCUCGAGGUUGUGGCCGCCUGUCUCAAUGUCUUUACCCGGCUCGAUUCCAUUUUGUAG